GGCCACGUCCUGCUGCUCCUGCACCCGGUUUUCCAAGCGUUAACUCUAGCAUUCUUUUUAACGAUAUAUACGACCAAAAGACUAACCUGAGCGCUUCGCCAAGUUAACUGCAUACGUGUAACCAUGUCAUCACAUUCAACAAAUUUCGUCGACCCAUCGAAUCUUUCUCUUCCGUCCUCUUCUUUCCUCAAGCGUCCUGCAUCUCCCUCAUCAUCUCAUGCAGAUUCUCCUGAUGCAUCAAUACAGGAGCCCCCACGUAAGCGCCCUCGCUCAGCCGUAACACCGGAAGAGCGCAAAGAGGCCCGUGCACACCGCAAUCGCAUAGCAGCACAAAACUCACGCGACCGCAGAAAAGCUCAAUAUUCCUUUCUCGAGCGCAGAGUCGCCGAACUUGAGGAAGAGAAUAGACGCCUUCGCGCUGGUGUCCCAAUCACCAUCCCUGCUUCACCCUCGGUCAGUUCCGCAUCGGAACCCGAGGUUGUCACUAUUGAGCAGGAGCAAGAGCGCAAGCGAAAACGUGCCGAGGAGCAACGAGAACGUGAGAAUCUCGAACUGCGCGAACGCAUUCGAACACUUGAAAUGGGUUACGAGGCAGUAUUGCGGACCCUGGCAACCCAAGGCGCCAACCCGUCUGCUCUCCACGAAACUUCAAGCUCGCCUCAAAUCCUCUCAUCUACUUGCGCACCAUCACCUGAGUCAGCAAAAUCUCCUUCAACAACGGACUCAGCAUCUCCAACCCCUUCAUCACCUAAAUCGACCUCCCUAGCAUCCCUUUCUUACCCACUUUCUCCUGCGCCAACACAUUCUACGCUCACAGACAGCCCCAUGUUGUUUUUGGGUGACUCAUUCGACUUCCCACCCAGUCCCGCAUUUACUCUAUCAGAUCUCACGCCAACCGAUUUACCAGCACUUGUUGACACACCACAGGAAAGUCUCGACCUCUCCUCGAUUGCACAUGCUCCCACUCGCCACCUAGCACGGGUGGCGACCACUACCGUUCACGCGGCAGUGUCCCUGCAGCGGGUGGGCAGCAUACGUCUAAUCACAGGACCGGCGAGGGCAUCCAGAUGUUCCCACAGUGCUGCGAUCGAGCAUGAAGACGAGGCAGCCACGGACGCUGCCCUUACGCGCCUGUUCGCAGAGAUCCUCGCGUCACCGCCGACUGGCGCUUGCGCUCUUCCAGGCGCUUGCCCUUCGGCAGAAGACGCGAACAGCACGCAGGUGCUGAGUGAGCCCACUUCUACCAAGAAGGCUGGCCUAGGGCAUGUUACGAGUGGGAUCAACACAGCUGACUGGGCGGAACAAGUCAAUGUAGAGAUGGGAAUAGAAAGACUACUUGAGAUGCUGCCGAGUUCGCAGGACAUCGUUAUCGACUCGAGCACUACCCUCGAUGUUGACAUUGACUUCUCGGAUGCGCUGGUGUGGGACGAGACAUCCUUCAUCAAGCGCUCAACCAACAUCAUCGGUUUCCGCGAUAUAUCUAUCAUUGUUAUCGUCUUUCGCAUCCAUCCAUCUCAUCACUCAUCGGACUUGUCAUCAUCAUUUUCGUUCCCAUAA